UAUGGGGAAAUUCUAUUCUAAACAAACUAAUAUAUGGACGAAAUCACGAUCAACAAAAGAAUUACCAGUAUAUCCUCAUUUAACAAUAUCAAAUUUUCCUAAAAACGAAGGAGAAACUAUAAUACUUAAGGAUGGUAGAUCAUUAGGAUUUAAAGAAUAUAAUUUUAAACAUAUAACUCAACAUCCAAUUACAAAUAAUUUAAAUAAAGAACAUGUAAUAUUAUUAAUUCCUGGAUUGCCUUGUACAAGAUUCUUUUGCCAUCCACAAGUUCUCUCUUCUUUAGAAUUUCAUCAACAACAAGAACCAAAAAUUCCUAAUAACAUGUCGACAGAAUCAUUAAAUUCUUAUACAUUACAAAUUAAAUUAUAUGUAUUAGAGAGACCAGGUAUUGGCUUAUCAACUUUUGCUAAAAGAUCAUUUUUGGAAUUUUCUCAAGAUAUUAAAGAAUUUUGUGAUCAAAAAAAAAUUGAAAAUUGUUCCUUAAUCGCAUACUCUGCUGGUGGUCCAUAUGGAUUAGCUGCUGCUUAUUCUUUAGGAAAAUCUACUGAUAAUUCCAGUAAACCUUUAAUUACGAAAGCGGCUAUUAUUAGUUCAAUCGCACCUUAUAAUGUACCUAAUCUCACUAGUAAUAUGCCCUUGAAAUUAAAAUUUGCUUGGUGGUUAACAAAAAAUUGGACUGGAUUAUUAUCAUUAAUAGCAAGAAUGGAAUCAAAUGCAGUUAUGAAAGACCCAGUUAAAGCAAGUAGAGAAGGUCGUAGUGAUGCACCUCAAUCAGAUAUUGAAUGUAUCGAAAAUUUAAAAGGCGUUGAAGAAAUGUUUAUUGAAAGUUCACUAGAAAUGUAUUCAAGAGGUCAGAUUGAAACUGAAUGUUAUGAAUAUUCUUUAUGGGGAAAAGAUUGGGGUUUUCAAUUAAAUGAAAUCAGUGGUGGUGUAAAAUGUAAAGUUUGGCAUGGUGAAGAAGAUAGUGGAACGACUAUAUCUAUGGGUAAAUAUAUUGCAUUACAAAUUCCUGGUUGUGAAGCUAGUUUUGUUGAAGAAAAAGGUCAUUUACUUUAUUUUGAAGUUUGGAAUGAUAUUGUUGAUUGGUUGGUUACUUAAUAAUUUGAGAGAUUGUUUUGAAUGUUUAUGAUGUUCAUGAUCAUAAUUAGAAAAUAAUAAUUAAUUUAAUAAUUUAAAAAUUUGGC